AUGGGACUCGAACGUGGUUUGCACGCUGUGGUGACAGCUGCCGUCUUCAAUGCAUUCGCGUUUGUCUUCAUCGUGCUCCGGUGCAUUUCUCGCUUUAUGGUCGUCCACCAGGCUGGGCCUGAGGAUUAUUUGAUCAUCUUCGCCUUGGUCCUUUCAUUUGGUCUCACGGUGACGAUUGUGCUUCAGAAAAAUUGCGGUUUGGGUCGACAUGCCGAUACGGUCAGCGAAGAAGACAACGAGACUCUAUCAAAGCUACUCUACGCGAGCAUCAUCCUCUAUAACUUGGGGUUGUUUUUGGUCAAGGACUCAAUCCUCUACCAGUACUUGAGAUUCUUUGUGGACAGGCGUUACCGUCUUGCCGCCUGGGUUCUCAUCAUUUCCAUAUGUGUCGCUGGGGUAGCAUUCAUCCUCACCUCUUGCUUCUCCUGCUGGCCUGUUGCCUUUUUCUGGGACAUGACCAUCAAAGGCGGCCACUGCAUUGACCUCAUGGCCUUUUGGUUCAGCUUGUCCGGCUUCAACAUCGUCACGGACCUGGCGGUCUGGGUGCUCCCGAUGCCCGUGCUGAAGAGCCUGAGACUCCCAAGGAAGCAGAAGUUCACCUUGAUCGUGGUGUUCUCGUUGGGUGGGUUCGGAUGUAUCACGGGCAUGCUCCGUCUCCACGCCCUGUAUAUCGCAAGCAUCUCGACCGACCUCACCUACGACAACGUCGGCGCUGCGACCUGGUCAGCCGCCGAGCUCAACGUCGGCAUCAUGUGCGCGUGUAUCCCCGCCAUGAGACCCGUCAUCAACUGGAUGUUCCCAUUCCUACUUUCCUCAUCGCGUUACAAUCGCGAAUCCAACCCAUACCCCCCGAGGACGUCGUACAUACGACACGACAGCGUUGUCGAGACGUCGCAGGUAGUCAAGGCGCAGAGCGAGGUGAGCCGAGGCGACACGGCCAGCUUCGACCAGGGACACGAGCCGAAUGCGAUCCGCAUCAAGAACGAGUGGUCUGUCAGUGAAAGCGAACGAGUUUGA